CAUCAUUUUGUGUUGCUCAAAAAGCAGUCACGGUGUAGCAUUUUUAUUUUUCCUAGCUUCACAACUCUCUUAUCCCCAGCACAAAACCAAUCGGCAAGAUGACCAAGAGAACGAAAAAGGUUGGCGUUACCGGCAAGUAUGGUGUCCGUUAUGGUGCCUCUCUCCGUCGUGAUAUCCGCAAGAUUGAGGUUCAGCAACAUGCUCGUUACCAAUGCCCCUUCUGCGGUCGUUCUACCGUGAAGCGUGUAGCUGCUGGUAUCUGGAAGUGCACUGGUAAGAACUGUGGCAAGUCUAUUGCCGGUGGUGCCUGGACUGUCUCCACCGCUGCUGCUACCAGUGCUCGCUCUACCAUCCGUCGUCUCCGUGAAAUGGUCGAGGUUUAAAAAUGACAAUCUUGUGCUGUCUUAAUGUCGAGUAAAUUGUAGUCAUUUGUGCUUA